AGGCUAGGCGGAGUGGGUAGGCCGCUGUUCUGCGUCUGACCUCACCGAGCCUUGCUAUAUUGAUCGUCAUCUAGUUGUCUAGCCGUUUAUAUAAUAUAUAAGAGUCGAACCACCUUCAUAGUUAUAGCUAUUAUAACUAUCACAGACGACGCCGUCUACAAAAUCUAUCUCCUUAUAAAACCCCAAAUAAGCGUCGUGUUUCAAAGAUGGCUACACACUAUACACACUAUAGGCAUACCGGCGCGGUCGACAUACAAAAGCGUACGCGACAAGAGCGUCGGUUUGACGAGAUCGAACACGACCUGCCCAAUUUCUCGCCCUUCACAUCUGCGCCGACCCCGACCGAUCGAGUACUUCAGCUUUUUUCAUAUUUGGGCAAGAAGAACCCCUUUCCUCGCUCUAUUACGAACGAAGACACCCUUUGGUUGCUCGAUAAUACUGCCUAUCGCAAUGAGAGUACGGGAAAAUGGGAAGCAGAAUUUGUUUCAGCCGCCUUCUCUCAACAUUCGUCUUGCGCCGUUAUCGAUGCCGUAAGUGCCAUCGCCGGUAAGAUCGAUUUGGAUAGUAAUGACCCGAAUUAUCCUACCAUCGAGGAGCGCAUUAGACCGUUCGUGCAGGAUAUCAAGCCUGGUGCUCAGGCCAAGGCGUUACAGGGAGGGAAGACAUCGCUCAAGCUUGGUCCUGGUGGUAGAAAUGGCAUUAGUAACGAUGUUAAGAGCCUCCCUGAAAACAAAGGUGGUAGCCUUGUUCCCACAUCUGCCGAGGUCCCGAAAGGCGCCAAUGGCAUACUAGAAAUGAAGACAUUCUACGCCGAUCCUGAGGGUUGGGGUAUAAUAUCCGAUAUAGACGACACAAUCAAGAUCACUCAGACAAGUGAUCCCAUUGGUAUCCUGCGGACGACUUUCCUCGAUACGCCUGCAGUCUGUCCAGGGAUGCCGGAACUAUACCGGUUUAUUCAAUCCCUUAUCCAGAAGUCUUCGCCAUGGUUUUAUCUUUCCGCAUCGCCGUAUAACCUAUAUGGCUUCCUUCGCGACUUCCGCGAGAAGAAUUAUCCGCACGGCACCAUCAUUCUUCGUGAUGCUAGCUGGAUGAGUUUACCGGGUUUACUAACGACUCUUACUCUUGGUACAGAAGAUUAUAAGAUUGAUCGAAUGGAAAAGAUACACUCGUGGCUUCCGAAGAGGAAGAUGAUUUGUAUCGGUGAUUCGACCCAAUCUGAUCCUGAGGCUUAUGGUGAGAUCUAUCGGGCAUACCCUGGUUGGGUUAAGGUGAUACUCAUUCGGAAAGUUGAAGAUAUCGCGGCCAUCGGCAUAGAGGCAAAGAAUGAACCGGAAAGGUUCGAGAAGGCCUUCAAAGAUGUGCCUCGUAAUGUCUGGCAUGUGUUCUCGGACCCAGUCGAGUGCCGUAAAAUCAUCCAGGAUGCAGUGUCAAACUCAUCUUGAACUGCUUUGGUUGAAUAAACAAUGACGCUUCUCUUUGCAGGUUGGCACGAUAUUGCGUUGGAAAUUGCUUUAACCCUUUUAAUUAUGUGCCUUUACUUUUUAAAUACCCGCCCUUACGAUGAAAGCCAGCAUUUAGUACAGACUUGCGUGAUGUAAAGUAAAGAAAUGCCCUCGACGUCAUACGAUCAAUAUAAUUCCCCCGCACAAGACUUAGAUGCA